GUUCAAAAUCAAACACCACCCUGAAAAGAUGAUGUGUUUUUAUAGACUCGACAAAGUGGUCUCCAAGUUUAGUUGUAGGAGAAUUACAUCCUCAGUAGCAGCAACAGGAGGCGGUGUUCCCUGUAAGGGAGCAACAAAAGUGAUGAGGAAACCUGCAGUUCUUUACCAUUACCCAUGCCCUGAUGGUGCUUUUGCUGCUUUGGCUGCUCACCUUUAUUUUUCUUCAAUACAUAUAACUCCUCUUUACUUCCCCAACACCGUUUACUCUCCUCUCAGGGUGGAGGACCUUCCUCUAGAUGAAAUUGAUCAUGUUUACCUAUUGGAUUUUGUGGGUCCUUCUGGUUUUGUUCAACAACUCAAGUCUAAAGUUGAUUGCGUUGUUGUAUUGGACCAUCACAAGACUGCACGAGAGCUUUUAGGUGGAGGGAUAUCUGUGACUGAAAAUGUGAGUAAAGUGAUCGACAUGGAUAGAAGUGGGGCUACUAUUGCUUAUGAUUAUUUCAAGGAGAAGCUCAUAACCGGGAACAAUGACAAAGCUGCUGAAAGCAAUGCACUAAAGAUUGCUGAAUUUGACAGAGUCAGGAGAUUGUUCGAAUAUAUAGAGGACAGAGAUUUGUGGAGAUGGAGACUCCCAGAGAGUAAAGCAUUCAGCAGCGGUUUGGAUGAUCACCAUAUCGAAUAUGAUGUUAAUUUGAACCCCUCCUUGUUUCAACAGUUGCUUGCUUUGGAUCUAAAAUCUGUUAUAGAGCAAGGAAAGAUAAGCUUGUCCCACAAACAGAAACUAAUAGAUGAGGUCCUUGAGCAGUCAUUUGAGAUUGCACUUGGAACUGGAGCAUUUGGAUGUUGCCUGGCAGUUAAUGCAGAUUCUUUGUCUGAAUUAAGAAGUGAGCUUGGGAAUCAGUUGGCAGUCAAAAGCUGUAAUAUGAAGUUGCGGGGGAUUGGAGCUAUUGUUUAUAAGGUACCUGAGCUUGAAAACAAUGAUAUGUUAAAAGUUAGCCUGAGGAGCAUUGGUGAUGAAGAUACGACAUCUAUCUCGCAGGCAUUUGGUGGUGGUGGGCAUCGAAAUGCCAGUUCAUUUAUGUUAAAAUCUGCUGAGUUUGAGAAUUGGAAGGUUUCAAAUAGAACUUCGACAUAGAUGAACAACUGCUCGGAAGAUCCAACUAAGUUUGCCCCUUUGCCUGAGCCCAUGUACUAUCCGGCAGCUAGGUCUUAGGUAAAGCCCGCAAUCAAAACAGAAUAAGCCAGAGCUUAUGUGCGCCUAUGGCACCUUCAUUUUGUGCACGUGAUCCUACUAACCAUCUGCUUACAUCUUUUCUCCCAUGAUGAUGGAAGUAGGAUAAUCCUUCUAUUGCUAAUAUAGUUAGAGGUGGUUUGGUUUGCGUACUAAAUUAUCUUGUGAUUAUAGUGCUGCGAUUAUAUUCCUUGGACUAAUCUAUUCCCCUUGGGGGUGGGGAUUAAAUAAUGCUAAGUUGGAUGGGAUAUCACACCUUAGGAUUUGCAUGAUUGCAGUUGCUAAUGUUAGACUUCCAAACCUUAUAGUCAAAGAUGUUUUUUUAAAUUUCUCUUAAAUUUCAAAAAGUAUGUGGAGAACAAAUGGGUACUAUUUAUGGCUAAUGAAAAAGAAUGUUCAAUACCA